ACUCCGAGAUCGAUUCUGAUCCUUCUAAAGUCAACAGCCCACUGGCACUCUUUUCUAUUUAUCCUUUUUAUCAUUUUCUCCACAAUGUCAUCAUAAAAUCCUCAGACUCUUCUGGAUCAAAUAUGACACGACAAACAUUGAACGUUGCAACCUCUGUACUGCACCCAAAGACAAAAUAAAACAACAUCAUCAUCCAUGGAGAAGCGCCAGAGUAAGCAAAGGAAGGCUCAAAUUCGCUCACCUGGUGGAGAUCAUAUCGGGGGGCUGCUUGUUUGGGGCGGAGCCUUGGCUUUUGCAGGUUUGGCUACAGCUUUUGCUGUUCACAAAGGUAAAAGAAGGGAUGCAGAUGAGACCAGCAGCCGCCGGAAGGAAGAAGACCAAACAAAUCAAGGGCUGCGCUGCGGAAGCAAUGGGUCAACGAAGAUGGCUGCGACCCAGAUGAAUUCUUGCGAGGUUGUUUCUACUGAAGGUUUGAUUUCGAAAGAAAACCUUGCAUCUACAAACAAUUGCGGAAAUGAGGAUUCUAACAAUGAUUAUCAGGGGGCGAUCCACAAGGAUGAUUCGAAACUAGAUUGCAUUAAAUCAGGCAACAAUCAUAGCGAGAUUGAAGAAUUAUCAUCUCCGAGCCCUUCCUUGUAUUAUCUGAAAAACAGGAUUGAGAAUGAUUCAGUUGAGGAGGCACCCUUAUUUGAAGUAAUUGAAGGUAUAAAAGGGAAGGAAGCAUUGGAUACUGUAGAAAUAGAAGAUGAUACUUCAUCAAUGGAUUUAGUUAAGGAAAAAGAAGAAAAUGACGAUGAUGAUGAUCAGGAGGAGGAAGAUGCUCUAAAGUUAGAAGAUGAAACAUCAUCAAUGGAUUUAGUUGAAGAAAAAGAAGAAAAUGGCGAUGAUGAUGAUCAGAAGGAGGAAGAAACCAGUGAUGCUGUAAAGCUAGAAGUUAAAACUUUAUCAAUGGAUUUAAUUGAAGAAAAAGAAGAAAAUAGUGACGGCGAUGAUCAGGAGGAGGAAGAAACCAGUGAUGCUCUAAAGAUAGAAGUUGAAAAUUUAUCAAUUGAUUUAAUUGAAGAAAAAGAAGAAACUGGUGACGGCAAUGAUCAGGAGAAGGAAGAAACCAGUGCUGUAAAGGUAGAAGAUGAAACUUCAUCAAUGGAUUUAGUUAAAGGAAAAGAAGAAAAUGGCGACGGUGAUGAUCAGGAGGAGGAAGAAACCAGUGAUGCUGUAAAGAUAGAAGAUGAAACUUCAUCAAUGGAUUUAGUUGAAGGAAAAGAAGAAAACGGCAAUGGUGAUGAUCAGGAGGAGGAAGAAACCAAUGAUGCUGCAAAGAUAGAAGUUGAAACUUUAUCAAUUGAUUUAAUUGAAGAAAAAGAAGAAAAUAGUAACAGCGAUGAUGAGGAGAAGGAAGAAACCAGUGAUACUGUAAAGAUAGAAGAUGAAACUUCAUCAAUAGAUUUAGUUGAAGGAAAAGAAGAAAAUAGUGAUGGUGAUGAUCAAGAUGUUGUAAAGAUAGAAGUUGAAACUUCAUCAAUUGAUUUAAUUGAAGAAAAAGAAGAAAAUGGUGACGGCGAUGAUGAAGAGAAGGAAGAAACCAGUGAUGCUGUAAAGGUAGAAGAUGAAACUUCAUCUAUGGAUUUAGUUGAAGGAAAAGAAGAAAAUGGCAACGGUGAUGAUCAGGAGGAGGAAGAAGCUAGUGAUGAUCAGAAGGAGGAAGAAACCAGUAAUGCUACAAAGAUAGAAGUUGAAACUUCAUCAAUGAAUUUAGUUGAAGAAAAAGAAAAAAAUUGCAACGGUGAUGAUCAGGAGGAGAAAGAAGCUAGUGAUGAUCAGAAGGAGGAAGAAACCAGUAAUGCUACAAAGAUAGAAGUUGAAACUUCAUCAAUGAAUUUAGUUGAAGAAAAAGAAAAAAAUUGCAACGGUGAUGAUCAGGAGGAGGAAGAAGCUAGUGAUGAUCAGAAGGAGGAAGAAACCAGUAAUGCUAUAAAGAUAGUUGAAGAAAAAGAAAAAAAUUGCAACUGUGAUCAGGAGGAGGAAGAAACCAGCAAUGCUGUAAAGAUAGAAGUUGAAACUUCAUCAAUGAAUUUAGUUGAAGCAAAAGAAGAAAAAAGCGACGGUGAUGAUCAAAAGGAGGAAGAAACCAAUGAUGAUCAAAUGAUAGAAGUUGAAACUUCAUUAAUGGAUUUAGUUGAAGAAAAAGAAGAAAAUGGCAACGGUGAUGGUCAGAAGGAAGAAGAAACCAGUGAUGAUGUAAAGAUAGAAGUUGAAACUUCAUCAAUGAAUUUAGUUGAAGAAAAAGAAGAAAAUGGCGACGGUGAUGAUCAGAAGGAGGAAGAAAUCAGUGAUGAUCAGAAGAUAGAAGAACUUCUAUCAAUGGGUUUAGUUGAAGAAAAAGAAGAAAAUGGCAACGGUGAUGGUCAGGAGGAGGAAGAAAUCAAUAAUACUGUAAAGAUAGAAGUUGAAACUUCAUCAAUGAAUUUAGUUGAAGAAAAGGAAGAAAAUGGCGAUGUUGAUGAUCAAGAAAAGGAAGAAAUUAGUGAUGCUGUAAAGAUUGAAGUUGAAACUUCAUCAAUGGAUUUAGUGGAAGAAAAAGAAGAAAAUGGCGAUGAUAAUGAUUGGGAGGAAGAAGAAACCAGUUAUGAUCAGGAGGUGGAAGAAACCAAAGAGGAUUCACCCUUGGUAGAAAGAAAUGACAUUGAAAAGGAACCAAUGGUCAGCUUUGUGGAGAUAUGUGCAGAGAAAACUUCAUCAAUCCAUUCAAUCAAAGAAGCAGAGGAUUAUGACAGGGAGUUCAGACAGGCCUUGGCUCCGGUGGAAAGAAUUGAAGUCUGGGGAAAGGUUGAAGCGUUUGAGGAUGCUCCGAAGGCAAGUGAAAACACAACUCCAACAAUGCAUCCAGUUGAAGAGGAAGAAGAGGAGCAUGGUGAUGAAGAAUACGCCAUGGAGAAAGGCGAAGAGAAUUCAGAAGCAACAGGAACCUCUCCCGCUGGAUCCAACGAAGAGAAAAUUUGGCCAAUGGAAUUGGUAGAAGCAUUGUCAGAGGAGCUCAGCAACACCCUUGAAGCGAAUAUUUUAGAGAAAAAUCAGACCAACAAAAUCGAAGAGCCUAUUUUCUCCGACGACAGCGAAAUCAAUUUCCUUUACGAUUGCGGAUAUAAUAAUCAUACCCAGAGAUCAACGUUCUUGAAGAAAGAAGGAACCCUGGAGUUUACAGGAGCGAAUGACCAACCAAAGCGCUCCAUGAUAUGGAAGAAUUGGGUUUGGCAUAUAUUAGUGCUGGCAAUGGCAUUAAUGGUGUUAUUUUUAUCUACCCGUGGCAAAGCUAUAUUUUACUUUUCUUAAUUAUGAUUCCCUCCUUGUCCUAUGAGACAUAGAAAAACUGAAAUCAUCCCUCCUUGUCCUAUGAGACAUAGAAAAACUGAAAUCAAUCAAUUUCACUCGGUUGUGAAAGGAAUAAAAAUCGAGGCUCUGUUCUAUCAA